GCUGAGCAAGAUGUCCACUUCAACUCCGCAGGAGCAGACUCAGGUGGGACCGACUUGUCAUGGGAUCAUGAUGCACAGUCUGAUACGCAAAGAGGACCUGCUCAAGACGCGGCAGAAACUCAAACGCACAACCGCCAGCUUGACGGGGGAGCUGCUGCCCCAGCUUGGAGAUCUGGAGGAGGAGGGCUUGGACGACCGCGAGCUUGAUGCCAUCGAGGAGGAGGCGUUGAGAAAUAUAAAACCGAUAGAGGAGGAGGAGGAAGAAGAAGAAGAGGAGGAGGAGGAGGGGAUGGAUGGCAUGACAGUACUGGGGAAGAGCAAUACCAAUGCAGCCAAGAUGGAGGAGGAGGAGGAGGAGCAACACCAACAGGUAAUGGAGCAGAUGUCAGUGAGGUGUCCUUCAGAUAGAGCUGAGCCGCAGCUGAUCGAGGAGGUGGACACCACGAUGCCAGCAGAGGAACACAUCCCGGGUAUUACUGAGAUAGAUGAGCAGCUCACAGAGCCAACAGAAGGUACCAUCACUUCACGUGCCGCUGAGAUAGAAGAGAAACUCCUGCACAGCAGCAAGCCCGACUCAGGUGAUCCAGAAACGCCACGGUCUUCUCUGGGCCAAAGCUCCUUUGAAAUGGACUGA